AAUGUGCUGUUACACAAAAUUACUUUUAUUGUUUUUAUUGUUUUCGGUGUCGUUUUCGUGCUUACAAGAAAACCGUGUUAGGAAAUUUUAUAAAGUGAAAAAUUGUCGUCGUUCCGACAUUAAUGCAGUUGGCAGAACGUCGGUUUCUUCUUUAAAGGAGUGUUCUAUCUAUGCGGGCGAAAAAAAUGCGUUAGCUUUCAAUUAUAGCCCACCCGAAGCAGCAAAGAAGCGUAAAAAAGCAACUUAUAACUGCCACGCAUUGGGAUGUCCUGAAUUAAAUAACUUUACAGCGCUUGUUAAUGAUACACUGUUUGAUUAUUACAGUUCGUAUGGAAAUGUUUCAGUUUUAGAAAAUGCAACUUGUAUAAAAUCCGUUGGAGUAUUUCGUUUGAUCCAUACAAAACUAAACUAUUCUGAAGCAGUUGAAAACUGUCAAUCGAUUUAUAGUGAUUUAGCGCAUGUUCUCACGGAAACACGCACUACAUCAUUAGCAAAAAUGUUGGCGUUUUUAACUGAUUGGUAUAAAGCAGCUUAUAUCGGACUUGAUGACAGAAAAAUAGAGGGACAAUAUGAGACACCACUAGGCGAUCCUAUAAAUUGUUACAAGUACCGAGCCUGGAGCCCUGGACAACCAAGAAAUGUAAUUAAAAGCGACGAUUGUGUUAUUCUAGAAGAUACGAAAACAUGGAAAAUUGUUAAUUGUAAGCACCAAAUGGCUUCCAUAUGCGAGUUGUAUCCGACACCGCCGGACAAAUACCGAAAUAAAUAUUUAGACGCUGAUUGUGAAGAUUAUGAUGAUUCCGGGGAAAGAGAAAGUUGUAAAGAAUAUAAAAGGAAUAAGAAAAAGAAAGGAAAACGUCGAAACAGAUGUUUAGAUUAA